GAAUAACAGAACUGCUCAUCUCUAGACUGUAAUCGUGGCUAGCAAAGUUUAUACAGGCGCUUGAUUUCUUUUGGUUUCAGUGAGAUCACGUACCAACGCAACAAAAAAUGAAUCACAGAAAGCUUGAAAAAUCGUAAUAAGAGUAUACUUCUUGCGCUGAAUUGCAAUUCCUCUGGGCUUCAGCCGCGAAAUCGGCAGAGAGGUCGCCUCCUUGGAAACUCAGGAUAACCGCUUGCGACAAGGUCGAGCUGAGAUCAAGAGCGCAACUCGUCCCCACCACCUUCUUGGGUUAGAUUCGGACAUUACAAGAACAGAACAGAGCUGUCACAAUCGUCCCCUGUUUCGAACUUCAAAGCUCAAUCCCCUCCAGAGUCCUGACGGUGGUACUGAAUUUCAAAAAAAAAAAAAAAUUGAGAGAAGAAAGUGGGAAAUAAACCGGUUGUAACUACCUGCUACAAUGUCGAUCGCUGCAACUUCAACCAUCGUGGGGUCUUUCUCCCCCACACGCUCUCCGACAGGAAGGCUCCGGCCAAGGAUGGCCUUGCGAUCUAGCGGCAUCUCAGUAACCCCGAUCCUUGCCGAUCUACAAAAGAACUGCGCCACGCCUCUACCUGUUUUGCGCCACGUUGCAGACGCCAUGGCUGCUGAUAUGCGAGCUGGGCUUGCCGUUGAGGGCGGCAGUGAUCUUAAGAUGAUACUCAGCUACGUUAAUAGUUUGCCCACUGGGAACGAAAAGGGCUUGUUUUACGCUUUGGAUCUUGGUGGUACAAACUUCCGGGUGUUACGAGUGCAAUUAGGAGGAAAGGAGGAGCGUGUUAUUGACACUGAAUUUGAGCAAGUAUCGAUUCCUGAAGAGCUGAUGUUUGGCACCUCUGAGGAGUUGUUCGAUUUUAUUGCCUCUCGGCUGGCGAGAUUUGUAGAAAAGGAAGGUGGGAGAUUCUGCCUGCCCCAUGGGAGGAAAAGAGAGAUUGGUUUUACAUUUUCUUUUCCUGUGAAACAAACAUCCAUUGAUUCCGGCAUAUUAAUCAAGUGGACCAAGGGUUUCGCUGUCUCUGGAACKGCAGGAAAAGAUGUAGUUGCUUGCUUGAAUGAAGCUAUGGAAAGGCAGGAAUUAAACAUGAGAGUUUCUGCCCUGGUCAAUGAUACUGUUGGAACACUUGCUGGAGCAAGGUAUUGGGAUGAUGAUGCCAUGGUUGCUGUUAUUUUGGGCACUGGAACUAAUGCAUGCUAUGUGGAACGGAUGGAUGCUAUUCCAAAGCUGCCAGAUCAGACACUGAAUUCUAGAAGAACUAUUAUCAAUACUGAGUGGGGAGCAUUUUCAAAUGGGCUUCCUUUAACAGAGUUUGACAGAGAUAUGGACGCUGCAAGCAUUAAUCCUGGUGAGCAGAUAUUUGAGAAGACAAUCUCUGGUAUGUACCUUGGUGAAAUUGUAAGAAGGAUUCUUUACAAGAUGGCAAAAGCUGAUGAUUUAUUUGGUGAUGCUAUCCCAGAAAAAUUCUCCAAACCUUUCAUACUGAGGACUCCCGACCUUUGUGCCAUGCAACAAGACAGCUCUGAUGAUUUAGAAGCAGUUGGAUUGAUCUUAAACAACACCAUUGGGGUGGCUUCGAAUUUAAAUGCCAGGAAAGUUGUCUUGGAAGUCUGUGACACCAUCGUGAAGCGGGGUGGGCGGUUGGCUGGAGCAGGAAUUGUGGGCAUUCUCCAAAAGAUGGAAGAAGAUUCCAAAGGUGUAGUCUUUGGGAAAAGGACAGUGGUGGCAAUGGAUGGAGGCUUGUAUGAGCACUAUCCUCAGUAUAGAAGCUAUCUCCAAGAUGCGGUCACAGAGCUUCUAGGGUCUGAAAUAUCAAAGAAUGUAAUCAUAGAGCACUCAAAAGAUGGAUCUGGAAUUGGAGCAGCUCUUUUGGCUGCCUCAAACUCCAAAUACGGACACUAAUUCUAGGUGCAAAUAUUAACUAAGUCAUUAAAUAAAGUAUUACUUUUCAUUGUUUUCCAUGCAUUUUUUUCUUGUCAAGCAAAAUUCUUUUGGAAAUUGAUCAGGCACAGCAUCAAUAAAUUACCACUGAGACAGAAUGAAAUAUAAUGCAGUGAGUUCAUUCA